AACUAACAACAUGGAUAUGCUUAAUACCAUUCUCAAUCUUCUUCUUCCUCCUCUUACCAUCAUCUUUCUCUACCUCUUUUACCCAUUUUAUCUUUUGAUCAAACUUGUGAUUUAUCUCUGUAAUCACUACCUUCGCUUCGAAGAUGUAGCCGGAAGAGUAGUUCUAAUAACUGGAGCUUCCUCCGGCAUUGGAGAGCAUCUCGCAUACGAAUACGCAAAGAAAGGAGCAUAUUUGGCUCUCGUUGCUCGAAGAAAGGAUCGUUUAGAGAUAGUAGCCGAAACAUCACGACAGCUAGGGUCUGGUGAUGUCAUCAUCAUACCUGGUGAUGUUGCUAAGGUUGAGGAUUGCAAGAAGUUCAUCGAUAAGACGAUUCAUCAUUUCGGUAAAUUAGACCACCUGAUCAACAAUGCUGGUGUGUUUCAAACUGUUCUAUUCGAAGAUAUCACUCAAAUUAAAGACACUAACCCUAUAAUGGAUAUCAACUUUUGGGGCUCAACAUACAUCACUUAUUUUGCAAUUCCUCAUCUUCGAAAGAGCAAAGGAAAAAUCAUUGUGAUUUCUUCUGGUUCAGCAAAUAUGCCUUUGCCAUUGGCAAGCAUCUAUUCAGCAAGCAAAGCAGCAUUGUUGAGAUUCUUUGAGACAUUAAGAGUUGAGCUAAGUCCGGAUAUCAAAAUAACAAUUGUUUUACCUGGACUUAUAGCUACAGAUAUGACCACUCCUCGUUUUAUAGAAAAGUAUGGUUCAGAUUUUAUAAUGUCGGAAUCAGUGAGUACUUGCGCAAAAGCAAUCUUCAGAGGUAUUGGCAGAGGAGAGACAUACAUUGAAGAGCCAUCUUGGAUGAAAUGGAUAUUUUUGAUGAAAACUAUUUGUCCUGAAAUCUUUGACUAUUCACUCAGCUAUUUGUUCUUUCGGUAUCUCAAACCCUAUUUCAAGCGUGAUUGAUCAUAUCGAUCUAUCCAAGACCUCUAGUCUUUGAUAAUGGUGGUCGACUGGUUGUGUUCAUAUCAUGGACAUGAAACUUAUACUUA